UGCUGCAGAUCUGCCCAGGGCAGAAGUCAUUGAUUUCUUGAUUGCUACUCCAUGAGCAUCGCCUGGGAUCCAAGCAAGGUGGAGCUGUCAGAAUAAUGUUCAACAUCAACCCCCUGGAGAACCUGAAGCUGUACAUCAGCAGCCGCCCCCCGCUGGUGGUCUUCAUGAUCAGUGUGAGCGCCAUGGCCAUCGCCUUCCUGACCCUGGGCUACUUCUUCAAAAUCAAGGAGAUUAAGUCACCAGGAAUGGCCGAGGACUGGAACAUGUUCCUGCUGCGGCUUAAUGAUCUGGACUUGUGUGUAUCCGAGAACGAAACACUGAAGCAUCUCACCAAUGACACGACGACACCAGAAAGCACAGUGAACAGCGGGCCGGCCCGGGGCCCCACCCAGGUCCCCCAGGGCCUGGAGGAUUCAGGCUCUGUGAACAUCUCUGUAGCCAUCACCCUGACGCUGGACCCACUCAGGCCUUUCGGGGGAUACUCGCGCAACGUCACCCACCUGUACUCGACCGUCCUAGGGCAGCAGAUUGGGCUCUCAGGCAGGGAGGCUCAUGAGGAGAUCAAUGUCACCUUCACGCUGCCCACAGCCUGGAGCGCGGAUGACUGUGCUCUCCACGGCCACUGCGAGCAGGUGGUCUUCACGACUUGCAUGACCCUCACUGCCGCCCUUGGGGUGUUCCCUGUCACCGUACAGCCCCCACACUGCAUCCCGGACACAUACAGCAACGCCACGCUCUGGUACAAGAUCUUCACCACAGCCAGGGACGCCAACACAAAAUACGCCCAAGACUACAAUCCCUUCUGGUGUUACAAGGGGGCCAUUGGGAAAGUCUACCAUGCUUUCAACCCCAAGCUCACGGUCAUUGUUCCAGACGAUGACCGCUCCCUGAUAAACCUGCACCUCAUGCACACCAGCUAUUUCCUCUUCGUGAUGGUGAUAACCAUGUUCUGCUACGCUGUUAUCAAAGGCAGACCGAGCAAACUACGUCAGAGCAAUCCUGAAUUCUGUCCUGAGAAGGUGGCUUUGGCUGAAGCCUAACCGCCCCAGAUUUUCCUGCGUGAGACAGAGAGAACUGCAAUCAAUCAUUGCCUGCUGCACCCGGUCGGCCUGGACACUCUGUGAACACAUUGUCUUGCAAUGUUGGGUUAUUCCAGCCAAAGACAUUUCAAGUGCCUGUAACUGAUUUGUACAUAUUUAUAAAACUCAAUUCGAAACUGG